AUGACUGACCAACCCGAUGUCGAAAGCAACGUCACAGACCCCUCGCUGGCAACCUCCUCAUCUGACAGGACAGAACCAGAAGCAUCUUCACCACCACAUACCCUCCUCUGGUCCAAAUCCAAAGUCUACGUCCACCCGUCGCCAUACGCAAAACACAACAUUCCUGGCUACCUUGCUCUCAGCCGCGCUGGAACUUCCAAACCUGGCGCCAAAAUCCUCCUGUCCUUCCUCCCAGAGUCACUCGUAGAGCAGCGUCAAGAACUGGAAAAGUUCGUCCGUAUCGAAUAUACCACUUCCGCUCGUGCUGACCACACUGAUACCCGCACCGAGCCCCUUGACACCGUUGAAGAAGAAGAAGAUCUAGAGUCAGUGCUUAUCACUGAACCUCCCGCUUCUUCUACCUACGCAUUCUCGCUACCACUAACGAGUACCUAUGGCUUUACGGUGAAGAAGCCAACCAUCAGCUCUUGGUACGGCACGGUAACGAUCAGUCAGCUUGGAGGAGUGGCUAUGCCGACGUUACAUUUCCAUGAUGAUGAGAGUAAGAGUACGGUCUUGUCUAUGCAUAGGGCGAAACGGUCCAUAGCGAGCAUAGAUGAGGGGAAGUUGUAUCCUGCACCGGGUUCAUCUGCAUGGUCAGCAGGGUCACAUCGCAAUUCACGUCCAAUUUCUCCCUCACCAACAUGGGGAGGUGACGAGCUAGUCCAACAGCUUCGCAAGUACGCCAACAUCCAUCGAAGCGCCAUCGACCCGAACCUUUUCCUCAUCAACCCCUCCAGAGCAGACCUCGAACUUCACAGCACACCCAUCUUCGACGACGACGCAAUCGAUCUCCCUCGUCCCAACGCAGGCAAUGCGGCUUACAGCCACGAUCUUGCAGAGCAUUCUUACACAAUGAGCCCGCUACAUCAAUCCUUACCUUCGAAUCACUCCAGGAAGAACGAGUUGGCAAUGGACAAUUUAACGGUCUGGGCAAAGUCUGCGAGAAUGUCCGUUCUUUCUUCCUUUGCCAACUUUACACAGCAAGCAAGACACGCGAGUCAUGCGGUACUGUCUCAUCCUUUGGCAAGGCCGUAUGUGCCGCAUUUGCCGGGACCGGUGCAGAGCUUCGCGCAGGCAGGACCGGUGCCGUUGGGUCCGAACGAAGGUGAGUGGGAGUGGAGGACGAGUAGUAUUGCCAACAAGAGUGGGACGGGGGAGUAUUAUGAUAGUGCCAGAGUGUACUUGGCGAGGUGGGCGAGAUUGGUGGCGGAGGAGGGGGAGAGGAAUCGGAGGAAGGAAGAGAGGCUGGGUGCCAGUGCUGCUGCGGUGGAAGGGUUGGGAAUUCGACCCUCUAGUUCAGCGGGGGCGAGGGUUGAGGGUAGUGAGUUGGGAGCGUUUGAGAUUCUGGAGAAGUCCUAUGAUAUCCCACGACCCACUUCUGAGAGGGAAGCGAGGUUCAGCGAGCUCAAGAUCGAUCCGACUGAUACUAGCUCUGUUGCUGCCUCGGGGCUGAGCGUGGAUGAAUGGAGAUCGUUCUUCGAUCCAACUACGGGCUUACCUCUGUUGCCGCUCAGCGAGAUCAAGCAUCGGAUCUUUGUCAAUGGUCUUACCAACGAGGCGAGGAAACACGCCUGGCCGUUCCUCCUGGAUGCUGUGCCCUUCGACGCCACCUCCGAACAACGUGCUGCGUUAUGGCAAGAAAGGGAACUCGAAUAUCACACCUUCAAAGCACGUUGGCAAACCGACGAAAAUCUCCUCGCCACCGAAGAGUUCGGAGAACAGCAACAUCGAGUUCGCGUAGACUGUCUACGCACUGAUCGCAAUCAACCCCUCUUCGCACGCGAUCCGGCCUUUGUAGCAGAUACGAACGCCGAUUCUAUGACCGAUUCCAACCCGCACACACUCCAGCUCGGUGAAAUUUUGCUCACUUACGGCCUAUGGGAAUCAUCACAACCCACCCCCGCCUCUGAAGCAGAAGCAGGGUUAUUAGCAGGCUACGUUCAAGGCAUGUCCGAUCUCUGUUCCCCCCUCUACAUUAUGUGUGAAGGGGACGAAGCGAAAACGUUCUGGUCUUUUGUCGGGUUGAUGAAUCGAACCAAGUCCAACUUCUACCGGGACCAAUCAGGGAUGAAGGCGCAGUUGUUGUUACUGCAGAAGUUGAUCAGCAUCAUGGACCCAGCAUUGUAUGCGCAUUUGGAGAGGACGGAGGCUUUGAAUUUGUUCUUCUGUUUCAGAUGGCUGUUGGUUAGGUUUAAAAGGGAGUUUAGGUUUGAGGAAACGGUGGGCGUUUGGGAGUCUUGCUGGGCUGCAGAGCCGUCGAACCCAAGAGAUGCAAAUUCUUCACCCACCUCAAGCUCGAAGUCAACGUCAGCCUCAAAGACAGAGACCACGCCAGCGCAGGCAAAGAAAGUUGAAAACGACAAGCCAUCUGCAGAAGAAAGGAGCGAGAAAGCAAAUAGCCCAGGUUGGUCACUCUCGAAAUCAUUCCACCUAUUCUGCGCCCUCGCUUUGCUAGAAUUGCACAGGGAAUACCUUAUGAGGUACCUAGAGAACUUUGACGAGAUCUUGCAGUACUUCAACUCGCUAACGGGAGAGUUCAACGCGGAGACGGUGCUAUGGAAGGCUGAGGUUCUGGCGAAAGGGUUUAAGGAGAUUGCGAAUCAUAGUGCGGAUGAAGAACGGAAGAAGGAGGAGAAAGAGGGUAAUCUGAAGGGGUUAUUGGAGAUCUUGUCGAAGGCUGAGUUGGAGAUGCUGCUCUGA